AUGAGCAAAGUAUUUAUAUCUCGACCGGAUGCAAGUGUAUUGUGGGGUUUUCGUUUACAAGGUGGUGUUGAUUAUAAUGAACCACUACGCAUAAUUAAUGUAGUUGCAAAUUCACCAGCAGAUGGCAAAAUCGAUCCUGGCGAUACAUUAUUAGAAAUAGGAGAAAAUAAUGUUAUAAACUUGAAACAUCAAGAUGCUUUAAAACUGAUUCAACAAUGUACAAAUGCAAUGUUUCUAACAGUAUACAAAAUUCACUAUACCUAUUCGUCGACGUCAAAUCAAUCAGUUUUAACCGUUUGGAAACCGUCACAACAACCACAAGGAUACGCAAAUUACUCUCCUCACAGCGGUGGACAACCUCCACAAAUACAAAAUCCUCAACCGCCAAAUAAUAAUUCGGCGAGUUCUUACAAUCAAUCAAAUAAUUUUAAUAACUCGUGGCAAAAUGCGGUUGAAACAUAUAAUUUUAAUCCACUAUCAAAUAACCAGUACAGUUCUGAAGCAUCACAGCAGCAGCAGCCAAUCGCAGCCGCUCCUCAUCUCCCUUCUUCAGCACCAUCCAUACCUACUCAAUCUUCAUACAUCCCAAUGGCUCCUUCGCCAAAUGCAACUCUAAUAGCAAGUACUGCUAGUACAUUAAGAAACCAUCAAACAAGACUACCUAUAUUCUCAUCGCAAACAUCCAUUGAGCAGACUGAUUUAUCAAAUAUACCAGCUGCCUUAAUGAAAAGUUUGAGCAGGCUCAAUGGUCCAAAACCAUUCACAUAUAUACCGGGUGGUCUAGAUUUAUCCAAAAUUCUUGAAUCAUCUAGAGUUCGUAGACAUCGUGAACACCAUUUGAAUAGUGAAGAUCGAAUUCAACAAAAACAGCAAUCGUCGAUCAUAAUGAAUCGUCGUGUUGUGCCACAAGAGCCGAUGAACCAUCGUUAUGCAGCAUCUGGACCACCCAAUGGAUAUCAGCCAUUUAGUUAUGCACGAACACAAAAUUCAACGCCACCACCACCUCCAAAGAAGCAAAUUAUUCACGAUACAGAUGUCAUUACUCAAUCACGCUCAUUUCAAAUGCUUCAAGGAUGGAUAUCAGACAGUGAAAAAAUAAUACCACAAGCAAAUCUGACAAAAUCAUCAGUUACUCAUGCUAUUGAAGAUGAACAGUCUGAUGAUCGACAUCGAAGUAAUGGCAGCGGGACUAAUGCUGUACCAGCAUCUCGUUCAUUUCGUUAUCUUCAAGAUCAAUAUCCCAAUGGGUCAAAUGGAACGACAACGACGACUGUUAAAGAAGAAGCUACCACAGUGAUAACAUCAAAUGAUCAACAGCAAACAGGAACAGGACUUCGUCGAGGAAGUGAUAAUCAUGUACCAUCAAGAUCAUUUCGAUAUUUACAAGAUCAUAUUGAAUCAAAUCCACAACUACAGGGAGUGCCAGUUAAUAAAUCAUCGGUGAAUAAUAGAGAUGAUCUCAUAGAAAUUUAUAAUAAACCCCCUCCUAGUCAUCGAGAACGAGAAGCAGAAGCUCCAAAGUUCACCGGAUCAACGAUCCCAUCACGCUCAUUUCGAUUUUUACAAAUGAUGACACAAGAAGAAAAAAGCAAUGCCAAACAACAGCAACGGUCAAUAACCAAACCUCAAGUUAACUUGCAAAGCUAUGAAGAAGAAGAUCAUGAAGAUGACAUUAAAUUCGACGGACUUCCAUCAAAAUCAUUCAGAUAUCUUCAAGAAAUAACUGGAGAAUCAACGAGAAACAAAGAUACAUCAGAGAUGAGAAGAAAAUUAAAAACGAGAGGUAUACAGAUGAUUAAUCAUCAUUGA